AACAAAUUUCCAUGUCACUUCCGGUUCACUUCCUACUUCGUGAGAAAACACAACUCGCAAGAUCUCUUCAACAGGUAAAGCAAUGUCGGCGUUUAAUUAUAACUACGCGAUCGUAAGUAGAAUCCCAAACAGUUUUAAAUAUAGUGGUCAGCAAUAUUCAAAUAAAUAUGAAAAGGAGAGCGAAAUCGAUGUAGAAAAAGCCCGAGAGGAACACCGGCAACUGAUAGAGACGCUUAAGAAAUGCGAGGUACGAGUUAUCGAACUUCAAGAGGAAGAGGACUACCCAGAAUGUUGUUUUGUGGACGAUUGUGCCGUAGUUAUCGGAGCCACGGCGCUCAUCACGAGACUUGGACAAACCACACGGCAGGGAGAGGUGGCAGAGAUUCGUAAAGUUUUAAAAGAUCUGAAAUUUCGUAUUGUGGAGAUUGUGGACCCUGAUGCUAUAGUGGAGGGGGGAGAUGUUCUGUUCACUGGGAAAGAGAUUUUUGUCGGGCUAGGACAAGGCAGGAGAACAAACGAGCGAGGGGCAUCUGCUGUGGUAGAUGCCUUCCCAGAAUACAACGUGACCCCGGUCCGAAUCGAUGGACAGGUCCAGCUGAAGUCACUGGUUUCCAUGGCAGGCAAGGACAUCAUUGCUGUAGGCAACAGCCAGAAUGCCAACAGGGUGAUGCAGCAAAUCAAGUCGGUGGCUCAGUACAGUUAUCGAAUUCUAAAGCUCGACAACGACAAAGCAGCUAAUAUGUUGUAUGUGAAUGGGCGACUAAUUCACAGGACAAGAGAAGAAAUCGGGGACAGGAGUUAUAGUGUUUUAGAUGAAAAGAUAACUUAUGCAAAACACAAGGUGCAGCUCUCAGAAAUUGAAAAAUCAGGUGGUGUUUUGUCCAACCUCGUCUUAUUCCUUAAAAAAUCCAGCCUUCCAAAAGAAAUUGUGUCCAACAUUACCUCUCGAGAUGUCUCGAUGUAUUCAGAAGUCAACUUCAUGUAAAUGAAACCCUGCAGCCAGCGUCAGUACAUUGUCAAUGUUUUAGUCUUAGCGUGCUUCGACAGAAUUUGCCUCGUAUAUUUGCACAAUAGCUAUUUAGCUUAAGUACAGCAAUUUUGGCAGAAAUAUUUUGAUUUAACGUGUUUUGCUGCAAAGUAGGAUUCCCAAGGGACAAUUUUUGCUUGCCUUAAAAAUGAAUCUUUUGUUACGAUGGGAUUUUUUAGAAUUAUUUUGUUCAUAUUUCACAUAGUGAUUACAAUGUGUGUAUUUUAUCUACUGUAGACCAGUUAUCAUGUGUUCAUACUGAAAGUUUAACAUUUAAUGUUAUCAAGAAAAGAUAGAGGCAGAUGUGACUGUCCUUAGGCAAUGUUAAAUCAUAUUGAUCAGUUGUCAUUAUAAAGACAAAAACCAGAUGCAAUUAUAUUUUAGGUUGUUAUAACAUUCCUGCAAGUUAUCUGUGUUAAGAUUUACAUGAAUAGGUUGUGAUAGCAAUGGCUAUAUACAUUCCCUGUAGAAAUUCGAUUUUGUCUGUUGAUAUGGAGUUGUGAAUAUAGAUAAAUCAGGGAUCUGAAGUUUUCUAACUUUUAUUUUUAUUAAAAUUGUAUAUUAUGUUGAAUAUUUUUCCUGUACAAAUGUACACACUUAUACAGCAGUACUAUUUUAUCUGAGGUAUUUUAUGAAAGAUUCUUUUGUCUUGUACAGUGUAUCUUGUUUAGAGCAACAUUGUGUUUAAAUGUCAUUUGCACUGUACAUGUAUAUAAAAGUUGCAUAUGUAAUCAUGUUUGACAAAUCUGAACAUUACAAAACAAAUUUUGCAUAAUUAACACGAAAAUUAAUAUUGUAAAUUUUUAUUUUUUAUUUGAAUAUGAAUAAAUUAUAAACUAAUGUUAACAAA